AUGGGCCGGACUGUCUUCGCCCUCAUCAUCAUCAACAAGGCCGGCGGCUUGAUCUACAACAAAAACUUCCACGAGGGAAGCCUCAACCAGAUCAGCACAAAUGACUACCUCGUCCUUGCUGGCACCUUUCACGGCAUCCACGCCAUCACCGCCCGCCUCAACCCCGUCAAGCCCGCGCCGCCCGUAACCCCCCCCGGGUCCGGCACUCUUUCCAUGAGGCCAGAGGCCCUCUCGGGUCUCGAGGUGCUCGAGACGGAAAACUUCCGCAUGCAGUGCUUCAACACCAUGACGGGCACAAAGUUCUUGCUCUUCACCGACACGACCCAGGUCAACGUCGACCUGACCCUGCGGAGGAUAUACGACCUCUACGCCGACUACGUCAUGAAGAACCCCUUCUAUUCUCUCGACAUGCCCAUUCGCUGUGAUAUUUUUGAUCGGAAAUUGCUGUCAUACAUUAGAGAGAUUAACAACCGAUAA